GUAUCUGCUCGCUGCGGCUGAUGCUGUACCUCUCCGACCCGGUGAACCGGGCCCUGCUGCUUGGCCACCUGCUCGCGGCAGGCGUCUUGCAGCUGCAGUCGGCGCUGCGGCGGCUGCAGCUGCGGACCAGGUGGGCGCGAGCCCUCGCCCAGCACGGCCCUGGGACGAGCGCCAGGCAGCCCGCUGCGGAGCGGAGCGGCCGCGCGGGGGACGCAGCCGACCCCGAGCUCGGGACCAGGAUGCUGCUGCCCGGGCGGGGCGAGUCCUCCGACAGCGACGACGAAUCCGGCCCCGGCAGCCUCCCGAGCGGGUUCUACGAGACGCUGCUCGCGGUGCUCGGGGUGCCCUCGCUGGAGAGGCGCCCCGGCCGCGAGUGGCUGUGCGCGCCCCGGAGCGCCGUGGGCGCGGCGCCGCGGGCGGCGCCCGCGCGGCCGGCCGCGCGGGCUGCGAGGCCGAGGGGCCGGGCGUCCGUGCCGCGAUCGAGAUCGCCCAGCACGAGAAGACCUGCCGGCUGGCCUGUCCCCAAAGUUCUCGGGACCGACGGGGGGCCAGUCCUGCCGGCAUCGUCUGCCUGGACGACAUCGUUGACGGGCAGAGUGUGCGGCCGCUGGCGCGCUGUGGGCACAAGUUCCACGCGGCCUGCCUGGAGCGCUGGACAGCCACCAUGCGGGAGGCG